AUGGGUGCAGACGCUCAAUCUGCAAUCAAUGAAAUUUUCAUCCUUCUCGGCCUCGGCCUAGGGGUCAUUUUACUACGUUCAUACGCCCGAUGGCAAGCAGUUGGUUUUAGACGAUGGGAGGCAGACGACUAUCUCAUGAUUGUUGCAAUGGGCGUAUACACUGCAGAGUCCGUGCUCGCAUCGCAUGUCGUCACGCAGUAUGAUGGCCUCGCGAACAAUGGCAUGACGGAUGACGAGCGCGCCACCCUAGAUCCAGAUAGUGAUGAGUACAGAAAAAGGGUUGGUGGGUCGAAGACACAGGUCCCUGGGUGGGUCAUGUAUGUUUUGCUACUCUGGAUUAUCAAGGCAGCACUUUGCACUAUGUUCCUGCGUCUUACGGAACGCUUAGGAACGUAUCGCCGACGAAUUUUUAUCGGGUUUGGCCUCAUCUCGGUGACAUGGCUCGUAGUCACCUUGUGCAUCUUGUUUGGGUGUACGCCGAUGGAAAAGAAUUGGCAAAUAAAUCCCAACCCUGGUCUGAACUGUCAGCCGGCAUCGUCAAGGAUCAACGUCUUUGUUACCUUGGCAUUGAACGUAGCCACCGAUAUCUACUUGCUCACGAUCCCAGUCCCUAUGUUGUGGUCGGCCAACAUCAAGCUGUGGAAAAAGCUCGGACUGAUUGUCUUGUUCUCCGGCGGAAUAUUUGUGAUGAUGGCAGGUAUUUUGCGUUGCGUGUUGAUCUUGGCCAAUGAUGUCACUGGAGCCCAGGAUGGUUCUGCCUGGGCGGUACGAGAAACUUUCGUGGCUGUUGUGACCUCGAAUGUGCCAUUGAUAUUCCCUCUCAUACGGACUUGGCUAGGAAGCUGGGUUGGGUCGUUCAGUAGCAGGAAGGAGAGUCGCAGUGGUAGAACAGGGGUACCGCAUGGGAGCAUCCCCCUCCCCGACCGUUCGUGGAAAGGCAGAGAGGAGGCGUAUAGCAGUCCGUCAAACGCGUUUGCCUUUACUGGAAGUCGAGAGAGAAUAAUCGACCCUCCAUCGCGAGGAAUCAAGGUUGAGAUGAACGUCGAAGUCAACCGAGACAAAACAGUGGGUAAGGAUAGGCCGGAUAGCGACAGCGACUUUUGA